AUGCGAAUACUCACCUACAGAUAUGAAGCAGAAGGUCGCUAUCGCAAGCAAGUGAAAGCCCGUAAAUUGUGGGAGCACAUCGUGUCCAGCCAGAUCGAAACGGGAACUCCUUACAUUCUAUACAAGGAUGCUUGCAAUCGGAAGAGCAACCAGCAGAACCUGGGCACUAUCAAGUGUUCUAACCUAUGCACGGAGAUUGUGGAGUACUCCAGUAAGGAUGAAGUAGCCGUAUGUAAUCUUGGUUCGAUUGCCCUUAACAGAUUCGUAACAGAAGACAAGAAGUUUGACUUCAAGAAGCUUCAUGAGGUUGCUAAGGUGCUAACCCGUAACUUGAACAAGAUUAUCGAAGUCAAUUACUACCCCGUUGAAGAAGCACGACGUUCCAACUUCCGUCAUCGGCCGAUUGGACUUGGAGUACAGGGACUUGCUGACGCCUUCAUGCUGAUGCGCUAUCCAUUCACGUCGCCUGAGGCCCGCGAUUUGAACCGCAGGAUCUUCGAGGUUAUCUAUUACGCUGCUCUUGAAGCCUCCUGUGAACUUGCCGAGAAGUAUGGACCCUAUGAAACUUACGAAGGUUGCCCAGUGUCUAAGGGAAUGCUUCAGUUCGAUAUGUGGAACGUUAAGCCAACGGAUCAGUGCGACUGGGAUACGCUCAGAGAGAAGAUCAAGAAUAUAUGUAAAUCGAGCACUCGUGAAGGGUAUUCCCGAUCACACAUCAAGCGGCUCUACCAGACGGUAUGGGAGUUGCCGCAGAAGGAUAUAAUUGAAAUGGCUGCUGACAGAGGAGCUUUCAUUGAUCAAUCACAGUCACUGAACAUUCAUAUCGCUCGACCAAGCUACGCAAGUAUCACGUCCAUGCACUUUUACGGAUGGAAGAAGGGGUUGAAAACUGGCAUGUACUAUUUGCGCACGAAACCAGCUGUGAAUGCUGUGCAGUUCACUGUUGACAAGGAAGCUCUGAAAGCGAAGGAGCAGAAAGAUCAGGCGGCCGGUGAUGCUGCUCGAGCAAUAGCUGCUAUGACAGUUGAAGAAGAAGGAUGUCUUAUGUGCUCCGGUUGA